AUACUAAUUUGGUUGUCCCGGAUUUACGUUUACUAUGUUAUGUCUAGUCUAUGAGACCAGGCUGUUAUGAUAUGUCCCUGCUCAGCCUCUAUAGUAUCAGGAACAUAUAGGCAGGCAUACAGUACACAUGUGGAGACACACAUCUCCACUUAUCCACUGCUGCCUCUGGGUGGGAGGGCCAGACCCCCUCAACACCACUGGCCCGAGCCGUGAGAAUGCACACGGGUAAGGGAGGGGACACAGACUUGACGUCAAGGAAACCCUCUCUCGCGCUGAGCCCUCCUUUAUAUAAAUCUCGCCGCGGAUGAAAUCCCAUAAUAACAUUAGAGAGAGACCGAUUUACGGGAUUACUCGCGCUCACAGUGGUCAGAGACCUCAACAACCAAACAGCCUCUUCUUCUCUCUCCCCUCUCGAGGAUUUAACUGUCUACCGGCACUAAUGCGUGACUUCCACCGAUGUGGGACAACUUCUGACAUUUGCUCGUAGCAUUUGAUGAACUCUUAUUCAUGAGUUUGGACAUUUGGUUGUAUCCAGUCUUCAUCCAUUUCAUUUAAUUAUGGACUUGUAGGAUUUAUUUAACUUUCUGAGAAUACUGUGGAGAUUCACAUCUAUUCCAUUAUUUGUCGUAUAGUCCAGUCCAAGGGUGUUUUUUCAGCGCACCUUUAUUUUUAAAGGCCGAGUUUUAUUAGUUAGAUUUAUUUUAUUAUCUUAUCAUCAUGCUGUUGAGCAUGCGACGACACAGUCUGCGGCUGCAGCACCAACUCCACCGGUGGAGCAUCAGUGAUACCGGGAGCCACCUCUCAGACAGCCUCGCGCCUCCAGCCUGCUUGUCCCGCUCCAAAUCCUGUACGAACUCCGCCGGGGAAUCGGAUGGGAGCCGCUACAGCUGGGCCUCUUCAGACUCCACAGACUCCUUCAUCUCCACUGAAUCUACCGGGAAUACCGGGGGUAGCUCGAGACCGUUUCGCGUGGUGCUGCUGGGCGCCAGAGGGGUCGGUAAAUCCGCGAUUGCCAGCAUCUUCGCUGGAGCGAUGGACAGCAUGGACAGUGACGAGGUCGAGCUCUAUGGAGAUGAGGUGUGUGAGCAGACAAUCACAGUGGAUGGAGAGAAAGCCACAGUCACUCUAGUGGACAACUGGGACUCAGAGGAUGAGGGAGGGUCGUCUCAGGACCAGUGUAUCCAGACAGGUGAUGCGUACCUGCUGGUCUACUCUAUAACUGACCGGUCCUCCUUCCUGCAAGCCUCAGAGCUGCGUAUAUCCCUCCGCCAACACCGCCCCGCCCACCACACGCCAAUCAUCCUGGUGGGAAACAAGUGUGACCUGGUCCGCCGCAGAGAGGUGUCAAUUACCGAGGGUCGUGCGUGUGCCGCAGUGUUUGACUGUAAGUUCAUCGAGACGUCAGCAGCGAUGCAACACAACGUCUGGCCAGCCUUCCAUGGCAUCGUACAGCAGCUACGACUACGCAGAGACACCAAGGAGAACAACGACCGCCGCAGACACACAUACUCACACACACGCUGCGACAGCAUACCCAAGAAGGCCAAACGCCUCCUGGACAAGAUGGUGGCCAAGAACAAUGCCAACGCCGCGUUCCGUCUGAAGUCCAAAUCCUGCCAUGACCUUUCAGUGCUCUGAGACCCAGGACACACGCACACACAUACAGCCCCGCCCCUACUGCAGUCUACAUUAGACUGACCCCUCAAAACUUUCACCCCAUUCGCCAGCCUCUGUGACGGUCUGGAGAAUCAACCAAUGGACAUGCAGUGUUCUGACACUGAAAAAGGAAAAGAGAGAGAGGUGCCAGAUCAUUAGUGAGCUCUAAUCCUUUUAGGGUCAUGAGAUAUGUUAAUUCCUGUCCUUUAUUCAUCUCUCACUCUCUCCUCUCUCUCUCUCUGCUUUAACUAGGUUACCAGGGCAGUUUUCAGUCUGACAACAAGGUGUUUGUAUGUCUGUGGUUUUGUACAUAGUCAUAUCUUUCCAAUUGAGAACUGACAAUCUGCACUGCUUAUAUUGUGUAUGUUUUGCUACGUGUGGAUAUUUUCCAUUGGUUUUGUUUAGCUGUGGAAUAAAAUCCAUAUUUUCUUUAAAAUGUCA